CCGUUCUCUCAGGUGCGGCGGGAGGCGGAGGUUGGUGUCGCCGACUGCAACGCGCCGUGCCCCGCCCUUGGAGGAGGUGCCUCCUUUCCUGCUGGUAGGAGAUGCCGUUGCCCGCCUUCCGCUGCUGAAGCGGGCCACUGUCGCGGAGUGUGGGAGAGUCCGGCCUACUUUGACCCGGGAGUUAGUGUGAUUUUAUAACGAAGCUGAAGCAUCAUGGCAGAUGAUAGUGAAUGGAUGAAAUUACCUAUUGAUCAGAAAUGUGAACACAAGUUGUGGAAAGCCAGAUUAAAUGGCUAUGAAGAAGCUUUGAAGCUGUUUGAGAAAAUAGAUGAUGAGAAGAGCCCUGAAUGGUCCAAGUACCUUGGACUUAUAAAGAAAUUUGUAAUAGAUUCCAAUGCAGUAGCUCAGCUGAAAGGAUUAGAAGCAGCACUCGCCUAUAUUGAAAAUGCUCAUGUAGCAGGAAAAACAACAGGUGAAGUAGUCUCUGGAGUUGUAAAUAAAGUGUUCAACCAGCCUAAAGCAAGAGCCAAGGAGCUGGGCAUAGACAUAUGUCUUAUGUUUGUUGAAAUUGAAAAAGGGGAAGUAGUGCAAGAAGAGCUACUUAAAGGCUUGGACAACAAGAACCCUAAGAUUAUAGUAGCAUGCAUAGAGACACUGAGGAGAGCACUAAGUGAAUUUGGUUCAAAAAUAAUUUCACUGAAACCAAUAAUUAAAGUAUUGCCAAAACUUUUUGAGUCUCGAGAGAAGGCUGUUCGAGAUGAAGCCAAACUUCUUGCCAUAGAGAUCUAUCGAUGGAUAAAGGAUGCACUUAGACCUCCAUUACAGAAUAUAAACUCUGUUCAGCUAAAAGAUCUUGAAGAAGAAUGGGUCAAACUACCAUCAUCUGCUCCCAAGCAGACUAGAUUCCUCCGUUCCCAGCAAGAAAUGAAAGCAAAGUUUGAACAGCAACAGGCAGCUGGUGGAGAUGCAGAUGGAGGAGGGGAUGAUGGAGAUGAAGCUGUUCCACAGGUAGAUGCUUAUGAACUUUUGGAAGCUGUGGAAAUUCUCUCCAAACUUCCUAAAGACUUCUAUGACAAAGUAGAAGCCAAAAAAUGGCAGGAGAGGAAAGAAGCUUUAGAAGCCGUGGAAGUGCUGGUAAAAAACCCCAAACUAGAAGCUGGAGAUUAUGCAGACUUGGUGAAAGCACUUAAGAAGGUUGUUGGAAAGGAUACCAAUGUAAUGUUGGUUGCUCUGGCAGCAAAAUGCCUUGCGGAGCUGGCUACUGGUCUCAGGAAGAAAUUUGGGCAGUACGCAGGUCAUGUUGUCCCAACAAUAUUAGAGAAGUUCAAGGAAAAAAAGCCUCAGGUGGUGCAAGCUUUGCAAGAAGCCAUUGAUGCAAUUUUCCUUACAACAACAUUACAAAAUCUCAGUGAAGAUAUAUUGGCUGUAAUGGACAACAAAAACCCAACCAUCAAGCAACAGACGUCCCUCUUCAUUGCAAGAAGUUUUCGUCACUGCACUCCAGCUACCCUUCCCAAAAGCCUUCUGAAACCAUUUUGUGCUGCUCUACUCAAGCAUAUUAAUGACUCAGCACCUGAAGUUAGAGAUGCUGCAUUUGAAGCCCUGGCUACUGCCCUGAAGGUGGCAGGGGAGAAGGCUGUGAACCCUUUCCUAACUGAUGUUGAUAAACUGAAGCUUGAUCGGAUUAAAGAGUGUGCUGAAAAAGUGGAGUUGGCUGGUGGUGGUAAAGUUGCUGGUGGAGCUGAUAGAAAAGAGAGCAAGCCUGUGGCCGGGAAGGCUCCUGUUCUUUCAGGGGCUGCAGGAGACAAAGAUACAAAAGAGAAUGUGGUCAAAUCUGGUCCACUGAAAAAACCACCUGCUGCUAAGGCUGGUGGUCCACCCAAGAAGGGCAAGCAGGCUGCAGCUACUGGCGUAGGAAGUGCUGGAACAAAGGGCAAGAAAGCAGCCGAAGUGAAGGAGAUAUUUGAACCAGAGCUUUCGAUAGAAGUAUGUGAAGAGAAGGCUUCAGCUGUCCUGCCAUCUUCUUGCAUACCGCAGCUGGAUAGUAGCAACUGGAAAGAGAGACUUGCUUGUAUGGAAGAAUUUCAAAAGGCUGUUGAACUGAUGGACAAAACUGAAAUGCCAUGCCAGGCUCUAGUAAAGAUGUUGGCCAAGAAACCUGGAUGGAAGGAGACUAACUUUCAGGUGAUGCAGAUAAAGCUUCACAUAGUUGCCUUGGUUGCUCAGAAGGGAACUUUCUCCAAAACAUCAGCACAAAUUGUGCUGGAUGGUCUUGUGGAUAAGAUUGGUGACGUGAAGUGUGGAAACAAUGCAAAAGAAGCACUGACAGCAAUAGCAGAGGCCUGUCAUUUGCCCUGGACUGCUGAACAGGUAAUGUCGAUGGCUUUCUCUCAGAAGAAUCCAAAGAACCAAUCAGAAACCCUGAACUGGCUCUCAAAUGCAAUUAAGGAGUUUGGGUUUUCAGGAUUGAAUGUAAAAGCUUUCAUCAGCAAUGUUAAGACUGCUCUUGCAGCUACAAAUCCAGCUGUGAGAACAUCUGCCAUUACCUUAUUGGGUGUCCUAUAUCUUUAUGUGGGCCCAUCUUUACGAAUGUUCUUUGAGGAUGAGAAGCCUGCCCUUCUGUCUCAAAUAGAUGCAGAGUUUGAAAAAAUGCAAGGACAAACACCACCUCCUCCAACUCGAGGUGGUUCCAAACACACUAUUGGCAGUGGGGAUGAUGGAGAGGAGGGAGAAGAUCAGGAGGAAGCAGGAAAUGAUGUUGUGGAUCUCUUGCCAAGAGCUGACAUCAGUGAUAAAAUCACAUCUGAAUUGGUGUCCAAGAUUGGUGACAAAAACUGGAAAAUCCGAAAGGAAGGUCUAGAUGAAGUGGCAAGCAUAAUUAAUGAAGCCAAAUUCAUACAGCCAAACAUAGGCGAACUUGUGCCUGCAUUGAAGAGUCGUCUCAAUGACUCCAAUAAAAUCUUGGUUCAGCAAACAUUGUCCAUCCUCCAGCAGCUGGCCACUGCUAUGGGACCAAAUAUCAAGCAACAUGUAAAAAAUCUGGGCAUUUCCAUCAUCACAAUCCUCGGAGACAGUAAGAGCAAUGUGCGAGCAGCUUCCCUAGCUACUAUAAAUGCCUGGACAGAACUGACUGGCAUGAAAGAGUGGCUGGAAGGUGAGGACCUAUCGGAAGAGCUCAAGAAAGAGAACCCUUUCCUACGGCAAGAGCUUUUAGGCUGGCUGGCUGAAAAGUUGCCCACUCUCCGUACUGUCCCUUCAGACCUAUUCUUUUGUGUGCCUCACCUGUACUCUUGUCUGGAGGAUCGAAAUGGGGAUGUCCGUAAAAAGGCACAGGAUGCUCUGCCAUUUUUUAUGAUGCACCUGGGGUUUGAGAAGAUGGCCAAGGCCACUGGCAAACUGAAGCCAGCCUCCAAAGAUCAAGUACUGGCCAUGCUUGAAAAAGCCAAAACUAAUAUGCCUGCCAAACCUGCUCCACCUACUAAGUCAUGCUCCAGAGCUGUAGGAGCAGCUCCUGCCAAAUACCAGACUGCAUCAGGUUCUGGUGAAGAUUUUAUGGCCAGUUCUGUGGAUACCAAGCCUGAUCUCAGAAAGGCCAAAGCAGGAGGAACUGCUGCUAAAACCAAGCAUUCAGAUAUUAAUACGAGCCUCACCAAAGGCAAUAGCAGUCUAACAAAGAUCAAGCCUGUCAAACAGGGAAUACAAGGGAAGAAGGUACCAAGCAAGUCCAACUUAAAGGAAGAUGAUGAUCGUUCUGGUCCAGUUUUUGUUAUAGUCCCAGGUGGGAAAGAGCAAAGGAUGAAAGAUGAAAAAGGAUUAAAGGUUUUGAAAUGGAACUUCACUACUCCUCGUGAUGAAUAUAUUGAGCAACUGAAGACUCAGAUGUCCAGCUGUGUUGCCAAGUGGUUACAAGAUGAAAUGUUUCAUUCAGAUUUUCAACACCACAACAAAGCGCUUGCUGUAAUGGUUGAGCACCUGGAAAGUGAAAAGGAUGGAGUUAUCAGUUGUUUGGAUCUGAUCCUAAAAUGGCUCACCUUGAGGUUCUUUGACACCAACACAAGUGUUCUCAUGAAGGCCUUGGAAUAUCUCAAGCUGCUUUUUACUAUGUUGAACCAAGAAGAGUAUCAUCUGACUGAGAAUGAGGCUACCUCCUUCAUCCCUUAUCUUGUAUUAAAGGUUGGAGAACCAAAAGAUGUUAUCCGUAGAGAUGUGCGUGCCAUUCUGAAUAGGAUGUGCCUUGUCUAUCCAGCCAGCAAGAUGUUUACUUUUAUCAUGGAAGGGACCAAGUCAAAGAACUCAAAACAGCGGGCAGAGUGCUUGGAAGAACUGGGGUGUCUAGUUGAAUCGUACGGUAUGAAUGUGUGUCAACCAACUCCAGGCAAAGCUUUAAAGGAAAUGGCAGUUCACAUCGGUGACAGGGACAACACUGUCAGAAAUGCUGCACUCAACACCAUUGUAACAGUUUACAAUGUACAUGGGGAUCAGGUGUUCAAGCUGAUUGGGAAUCUUUCUGAAAAAGACAUGAGCAUGUUGGAGGAGCGAAUAAAACGAUCUGCUAAAAGGCCAAAUGCUGCUUUGGCAAGGCAGGUAGAAGAGAAACCGCAGCGCAUUCAGAGUGUUAGUGCCAAUACCAAUAUACUGCGGAAGGGACCAGCUGAAGACAUGUCUUCCAAACUCAAAAUUAUGUAUCGCACUUAUAGGAUCCAAGCCCGUAAUAUGAGUGGCCACUCUGAAGCAGCACACACAGUUCCACGGGAAUUUCAGCUGGAUUUAGAUGAGAUAGAACAUGAUAAUGGUACAGUUCGGUGUGAAAUGCCAGCACUUGUCCAGCACAAACUGGAUGAGAUCUUGGAACCAGUCUUGAUCCCUGAACCCAAGAUCCGUGCUGUGUCUCCACAUUUUGAUGAUAUGCACAGUAACACAGCAUCCACCAUCAACUUCGUUAUCUCCCAGGUAGCCAGUGGCGAUAUCAAUACAAGCAUUCAAGCUCUAGCUCAGAUUGAUGAAGUCCUGAGACAGGAGGAUAAAGCAGAAGCUAUGUCUGGCCACAUUGACCAGUUUUUAAUAGCUACAUUCAUGCAACUCCGCCUCAUUUAUAAUACACACAUGGCUGAUGAGAAACUGGACAAGGAUGAGAUAGUCAAGCUGUACAGUUGCAUAAUUGGAAACAUGAUUUCGCUUUUCCAGAUUGAAAGUUUGGCUAGGGAGGCCUCUGCAGGAGUGCUGAAGGACUUGAUGCAUGGUCUUAUUACCUUAAUGUUGGAUUCAAGGGUUGAAGACCUAGAGGAAGGCCAGCAGGUUAUCAGAUCUGUCAACCUCUUGGUGGUAAAAGUUCUGGAGAAAUCUGACCAAACUAACAUAUUGAGUGCCCUACUCGUUCUGCUCCAGGACAGCCUUCUAGCAACUGCAAGCUCUCCCAAGUUUUCAGAACUUGUAAUGAAGUGUUUAUGGCGGAUGGUGAGGCUUCUCCCUGAAACUAUCAACACCAUAAAUCUGGACCGAAUUAUGUUAGACAUUCACAUUUUCAUGAAGGUAUUUCCAAAGGAGAAGCUGAAGCAGUGCAAGAGUGAAUUAACCAUACGGACACUGAAGACCUUGAUUCACACCUUGUGCAAAUUGAAAGGACCCAAGAUCUUAGAUCACCUGACAAUGAUCGAUAAUAAGAAUGAGUCUGAAUUGGAGGCUCACUUGUGCAGAGUGAUGAAGCACUCCCUGGACCAAACUGGAAGUAAAACAGAUAAAGGCACAGAAAAAGGAGCUUCUCGGAUAGAUGAAAAGUCUCCAAAGGCCAAAGUGAAUGAUAUUUUAGCAGAGAUAUUUAAGAAAAUUGGCUCCAAAGAGAACACUAAAGAGGGUCUUGCAGAGUUAUAUGAAUACAAAAAGAAGUAUUCUGAUGCAGACAUUGAGCCCUUCCUCAAGAACUCUUCACAGUUCUUCCAGAGCUAUGUGGAAAGAGGUCUCCGGUUAAUUGAAAUGGAAAGAGAGGGGAAAGGACGCAUUCCUUCUUCUACAGGGGUUUCUCCACAGAUGGAGGUAUCAUGUAUCCCUACUUCAACAAACACAGUAUCUUCAUCAAUAGGAAAUUCAAAUGGUGAAGAAGUGGGGCCUUCUGUCUACCUGGAAAGACUAAAAAUCCUCAGGCAGCGAUGUGGCCUUGACAAUGCAAAGCAGGAAGACAGACCUCCCCUGACUUCCCAGCUCUCUAAGCCAUCAGUCCCUACAGUUGCAUCCUCUACAGAUAUGCUCCACAGUAAGCUUUCACAGCUCCGUGAGUCACGAGAACAAUAUCAGCACAUUGAUACGGACUCCAAUCAGACCCACUCUUCUGGAACCACCACUUCUUCCUCCACAGCAUCCAAUAUUGAUGACUUGAAAAAAAGACUGGAGAGAAUAAAAAGCAGCCGCAAGUGAAAUGGCAUUGAGAGCGCAGCUGUUGCAGAGCUGUUCAGCCUUAGUUUACUAAACUAGAAGUCUUCAUAGCUAAAGUGGCCUCAUGUAGGCCUCAUGUAUACAAACUGGUUUAUGUGUAUAAUACCAUGGAUCUUGGAGGAAGAUCCAAGUCAUUGUGGCACAAGUCUUUGUACAUACUUUGCUUCUCUGUGAGCAUCUCGACUGUAGAAGACUGUCUGUGUAUUAGUUUGAGUGUACAGACCUGUAAACAACCAUUCUCCUGGUAAAUCCAGUUUCUCAUAACUUGUUUUUAUUUGUAAAGUUGCCCUAUGUUUCCCAAGUCUUAACUCUUAGAAGCUCUCCAGUGGAUUCUCUUUUAAUUUUGUGCAUUUCCUCUCCAUAUAAUCCUUGAACCGUUUCUGUAUGAAUGCAUGGCAUGAAAUAACUAAUUUAAGUGUCUUUUUGUAAAUAAAGUUUGCAUUAACUCUC